CGGUCACCUCGACCACCGAAUUUGCCGCUGAACUGUCGUCGCGUAGCGCUCGUGCUAUCAUCGCAGCUAGCUCUAGUAUAGUACGUCGACGUCGAGGGCGCGCAUUGAUUUCUCAACAUACAGCAAUCAUGGCGGCCACAAAGAGAUUAGGGAAGGAGCUGGAGGAGAUCAAAAAAAGUAAUGUAGCAUGUCUUAAAGAAGUAAUAGUAAAUGACACAAACAUUCUAAAAUGGGAACUUACUAUAGCACCGAAGGAUCCUCCAUUUUCCAAAGCCAUGUUCAAGAUCGAUAUGAAUUACCCUGCAGAGUACCCCUUCAAGCCUCCUAAGAUAACAUUUGUCACAAAGAUUUAUCAUCCAAACAUUGAUGAGAAGGGUCAAGUAUGUCUGCCUAUUAUCUCCCCUGAGAACUGGAAACCAGCCACCAAAACAAUCCAAGUGAUCCAAGCCCUUCUGGCUUUGGUGCAUGAUCCAGAACCUGAACAUCCGUUAAGAGGAGACCUAGCUGAGGAAUAUACUAAGGACAAGAAGAAAUUUUUCAAAAAUGCAGAAGAAUUCAGUAGAAAACAUGGCAUACCACACUAAUGUCAGUCAAUCCUCAAUCCCUUUCUCCUGCCUCUGAAUCCCCUCCAUCACUGUCCCUCAAACCCAUAAUGAACAUAUGUUCCAAAUAUUUGGUUUCAGAGAAUAGAUAGUUGCCCCUUUUAUUUCAUGCAAAUUAUUUGUCAUGUGGAAAAUGAAGUGUUAUGAUUAUCACUGUACAUGGUAUCCUUUUUUUUUUUAGAUCAUGUAACAGGGCUGUAUUAUAUGAUUUAUGCCCAGUGGUGUGGCCUAAUGUUUUAAGAAAAAAAAGAAUACUAAUUUUGUUUUAAUACUAAGGAGGAGGCCUGAUCUAUUUCUGGUUGAGAUUUAUUUAGUUAGAAACGAUUCAUUCCUAAAAUUGUCCAUACAUUACAUAAUAUUUCACAUUUGACCCAUAUUGAUUGAAAAUUAUUCUUCCUUUGAAAUACCAAGUUGUCAGUCUAAGAAUGAUUUGUUUUCAGUACACCUAUAACAUCAACUACACAUCAAGGACAGUAUUGUUAAUAAAUAAAUCUUGUGCUGAUUAGGUAUACUAGAAUCUCAUUUUUAAGCAAGACAUACUGUACAUGUAGGCAGCCUUUUUUCUGAUGGCGAUGUCAUCAACAUUGAAAUCUUAUCAUGGUUAAGCUUUUGAAAUGUCAUAACUUUAAAAGUAUAUGGAUCUAUUUCAUAAAGACAUAGGGUAAUCAAGUAUCACUGAUCAGCUUGUAUUAGUUCCGGUCACAUGAUCAAGGUCAAAAGGUCAUUUAGGGUCAAUAAACUUUGACCAUGUUGUGGUAUCAACAAUGAAAUCUUAACCAAGGUUAAGAUUUUGAAAUGUGAUAAACUUUGAAAGUAUGAUGAACUAUUUCAUUAAGUUUGCAUAUAAGGGUUAUCAUUUUAGGAAAAAGGUGAAUGAAAUUUUGGGUCACUAGGUAAAGGUCAAAGGUCAUUUGGGAGUAAAGCUGAUAUCUAUCAAAGUUAGGGGUUUGAAUUUUCAGGAUAAUAUUGAAAUCAUAAGUCUAUUAUGUUCAACUUGGAUGUAAUGAAUAGAUAUCCGAAAUCAGAUUAGUAUAAUAUCGGGUUACAUGGUCAAGGUCGAAUGUCAUUUCAGAUCAUUGUAGUAUGCUGUUCUCAGUUGACUCUUUUCCUGUGAAUCAAAUAUUAAACCUGAGAGAAGUUAUAUUCACAAAGGGAGAAAGUGACUUGUCAUCUCACAUACAGUUGCACCUGACAGAAGAUCGGAGGGGCGUGCAAUUGUGUGUAAAUAAUUACUUGUCUGUCCCUCCGAUCUUUUGUUACAAGCUUUCCUGUACCGCUGAUCAUGUUUGCAUACCUAUAUUUUAAAUUUAAUUUUGCUGAUUCAUAUUUGGCAUUUUGAAAUAUUUUGGUAUUUUCGAAAAAGAACCUUUUUCUCUUUGUAUUUCUAUUUUACAGCCAAAUUAAACAACUUUAGACAUUGGGAGAACAUGUCAUUGAAUGUGAUUAUUUUGUUGGCAAUAUUUUUUAGGAUUCCAUAAAGUUAGACAAGCUCUCAGCCCUUUGUCAGUACAAGAUUUUAUAUGAAAGGGGAAUUGUAUUGCCAUUUAUUUACCUUUGGAGACUGAAUGAUUUCAUCGACUUCAGCCCACAUGUAUGCGGCCUAAAUCCCUGAACAGGGUAAAUGACUUUUCCUUAAUUUAAUCAGAUUAUAUAUGUAUAUAUAUAUAUAUAUAUAUAUAUAUAUAUUUCACAAUUCAUUAAAAGAUUUGUUUUAUAAUGUUCCUCUCAAGUAAAAGUGGUGUAUCUGAUUUGGUUAAGGUGUUGGUCAUUUCUUUGGAUGAAAUGAAUUACCAGUCAGUCUAGUUUUAUCUUAUUCUUUGCUUAGAUCAAAUUGAAUUUACAUAACUGGGUUUAAACCUAAGAGCAUUGAAUUUAGCUUUGUCAACAAUGAAAAGAAAUAUAGUUAUGCUUAAGAGAAAGCUAUUUGAUUCUAUGAACCUGACAUUUAGUAAAAGUUUACACCUAAUGUGAAGGAAUAAAAUACAAGACUCUUUUACAGUUCUUGUUUUUUAUUAAUGGCACGUAGAGUCAUAUAAUGUGAUCUUCUGUUAUCAUCCAGUGUGUAGAAUCUGAAACUGUUCUCUCUUUAGUAGUCCAACUCCAAGUAAAAAAAAUGAAGCGUUAAAAGUAUUGAUAUCUUUAUGAAUGUCUGCAAGUGAUAUUGAUUGUAAUAUAAUUGUAAUUGAUUUUACCUAGAGUCUUUUGAAUUGGAAUUCAAAUUACUCAACCCUUUUUAAAUUCUAGAAAUGCAUCGUCUAAUUCUUACAGUGUCCUUUUCCCCCAACAAACACUCUCAUGUAAGCAAAGCUUGUUUGGUUUUAUCAAGUUUUUUUUCUUCUCAUUGUUACAUGUAAUUAUGGAAAGGAAAAUUAUUGAACAACUGGAAGUCUCAACUUAUUACAACCAUUUCCAGUGAUUCCAACUGGUUGUUUAAGGUGACUGUCCCCUUUGUAUUGGUUGAUCAAGAGUAAGACUAUCAACUGAUAGAGUACUGGUAUGUCCAUAUUCAAGUAAAAUCCACAGAUUUGUUUUCUGAAAAUAAAAUUAUGUGGUCUAUAAGAAAACAAUUGUAAAUAGAGAAGAUCCUAGCAAAACCUAAGUUUCCUGUAUACACAUGCUGUAGUAUGCAGAUAAAGUUUGUUGGACACAUGAUAAACACUGUGAAAGGUUUAAUAGAUCAAGAGAUUUUCUGUUGAUGCACAGUUUUACUAUGUUGGAUUAGCUUUGAUUUUCAUGAUUUUUACUUUGACUUUAUUCAAAUCUUUCGGCCUAAAAAUUGUGUUUCUAUGAAUUCUACGUUAUUGAAUUCUGCAUAAUUCUUUGUUUUUUAUAUCACAGAAAACUGUGGAUCAUUAUAUUGAAAAUAAGUAAAUUUUGAUGAUGCAGAUGAUGAUUACUUUGCAGCUGUAAUCUAAAAGGAUUGAUGGAAUGAGACAGAUCUGGGAAUGUAUUAUCGAUAAAGACCAUUGCCAUAUUCUACCAAGUUAAAACUUAAUACUGUGUAAAAGCUCUUGCUCUGUAUUAUGAAGAAGGGAGUUCAAUUUAGUGCAGUCAGCAAUUAUUAAUAAAUUAUGUAAAACACUGCUAUAGAUGAGGGGGAAUCAUCUUGAAAGUACAUGAAGUUGCUUUUUAAGUAGAAUUUCCAGCAUUCUUUACCCUAUAUGAUACUCUCACUACUAGCAUAUAGGGAUCAUACAGCUCACAUUUUGCAAAUUAUCUAAUCCCUCAAGUGGAUUCAGUAUAUAAACCGUUUGACCACUGAAUUCUGUAAUUCCCAUAGGCUUUGUACCACCUGGAUCCAGUAGGCAAUGGCUUAACCUGUUAGAGACUGAUUGAUUUCGCUAUGACAUUUGUUUGUCAUAAAUUCCAGCCCCCAUAUAUGCGAGUUCAGUAUCCAACGGGUUAAACGUAACCAUAUCCCCACAAUUCAUGUAGUUUUCUCUUUUUUAGUUUUAUAAUUGUUGAUUCAUAUCAGCAUUUGCCAUUAUUUGUGUACAUGUAUUAUAGUUUCAAAACAUUGGAUUUCUUAUAAUUUGUAAUAAGGAGAGCAAGAAAGCUAGUAAUAAUUAUCAUGUAUUAUUAUGUAUAAAAGAGUUUGCAAUACUGUUUAUUGUAGUGAUUUGUAGAUGUAACAAAGUGAGAUUUUGAUAGUGUAUUGCAACAAAAUGUUCAUAACAUUGCAUUUUUAUGUUAGCAUUUGAUCUCUCAGCCAUUCUUUUUUUUCAUCAAUUGACCCUGAUUGGUCAUUUAUACCUCUAUAUUUCCUUUAUCACAUUUAGCUAACUUUUUUUCAUGAUUUUAGUAUUAUAUUAAAGCUUAAGAAAUGUUGCAUUCAUUUGAAACAUUCGAUGAAGCUACUACAUGGUCCACGUAAAAUAAUACCUAGAAUAUACUAUAUACCAAUACAAAUAAUUUUUUCAGAUAAAAAAACACCUUUCCUGAUCAUUUAAAACAAAUGAUAAGUUACUUGUCUGUUAUGCAUUUUUUUUCUAUGUAUUUUCAAUUAUCGUCUACGUUUGUUCAUCUUAAGAGACAUGGUGUUGCGCUACUAGUUGUUACAUUCUUUAGAGUAACGGUCUCUAGAGCACUUCAUUCAGAUGAAGGAAGUUACCACUGUUUAAUGGUUUCAGGGAAAUGACAUUGUUGAUUUUUUUUCCUCAAAUAAUAUUGAUACCUGAUAAUACACAUGUCUACAGUAGGGAAAUACCCUGUACAAGAUAUUUUCCAACCAAGAAUUUUCUUUUCCAUUACUCUACACAUGUAUGUUCUAAUGUUUACAAAAUUGUUCUCAUAUUUUGUUGCCUUCAUCAAUUUCAAACUAGUUUCAUUGGCCCGUAUUCUGAAGUCAGGUUUAACUUAGACCAUGGUCUAACUCUGCUAAAAUUAUGGGAAGCCAAAAGUUUCAAAUUUUUUAUUAAGUUGUAUGUUUUUAUGUUUACUGUGGUCUUUCCUGAUUCAUCGAUGAUGAAGACAGUCAACUUUUUUAUACUUCCUAGACAAUUAUGAAUGAUUUGAGAGCCAAAUGAGCUGAAAUAUAUCUCUACUGUUAGUGAUUUAUUUAACAAUUGGCUUACCAUACUUAAACCACUACUUUAAACCUGAGUUUAAAGUUAAACCCGACUUCAGAAUACGGGCCAUUGAGUAUUGGACACUAUUUUGUAUGAUGCCUAAUUUUGUAGUUGAUUCUAGAAAUCCUUGCAGGUCUGACUUCUUUGAAAUCCCAUUGAAAUGUGUGUUGUGGAAUGAAGAAUUGGAAGCUUUCCAUGCGACUUAACUCUUGUGAUGGUCUUGUGAAAAUCCUGUCUGUCUGUCUGACUCUUCUAGACGGAAUAUAUCUGUCAUGUUUUUUUUUAAAUAUCUUUUCAAUAUAAAAGAGAUUUUGGUUUGUGAAACAAGAAAAUCAUGCAUGUAGCGAUACUAGCAAAGUAGGACAUCAUGACAUACAUUUAAGCAGUCAGAAUGGUCUUUAAAAAAUAUAUGUAUUUUUUCUACAAAUAUGUUUCAAUUUAAAAGACAUUACUGGCCCUGGCUGUUUACCAAUGGCCAUUUAAAUAGUGUCCUCUCUCUUUCUCCCUUUCCAGUUGUAAAACACCAAGUCAAGUAAGGUAAAACUUUUGUAGUCUUAUGUUGAGGAAGAAUCAUGCAUAAAGAAUAAAUGAUCAUCUUUCUAGUACAUGUUUUAAUACAGUUACUAGUUAUGUCAUUAUGUAAUACCAUUUAUAUUCUGUUAACAGUCCAAAAUAUCUGGGUAACUUAAACCUCAAAUCAUCUAGCUCUAUGCUUAAACACUCUCUUUUAAUUGUAGUGAAGCUUAUCUUUCGCCUAAUUAUUCUUUUUACUAAUAUACCCAGAGUUUAUCACUGUAGUGAAUCUUUAAUGUGUACUAACAUUUAGAAAAAAUGGCUUUUCUACAUGUGAUGUUUGUAGUUAGGUUGUGUUCUAUAGGUUUGUCUGUCUACUUUAUACCUUACAAAUCUGUUGUUAAAACUUUGCUCAGAAGAAGUGAGAAAUGCAUGAUUUGCAUAAUCUGGGGCCCGUAACACUAAGCUUAGCAAUCACAGUAGAAGAAUAUUUUUAUGAUUGAUUGCAUUGACUACAAUGUACAAUCAAUCAUGAAAAUGAAGCGUACGAUUAAUUGCUAACCUUUGUGUUACAGAACCCAGAUCUGAAAAUUGCUUUGACUUAAGCGAUUAUUUGACUUGUAUGAAUGGUUGACUUAGGCAGACUUAACUGUAGCAAGAACCUGGGUUUUUAUUUCAAAUUUAUAUGUCAGAUGGGGGUCAGUGUUAUAUAUGUCAUUUCAUAUAAGAUAAUGGGUAAUAUUUCAUUGUAUGUAAAUCUGAUAUGUAAUGAUUUGAGUAAAGGUUGUGUGAUAAAACAAA